AUGGCAUAUUCUCAAUUUUUAAUGCCAACUCAUUGGUCGCAAAAUGCUGUACAGUGUUGGGAGGUAUUUUGGGGGUCAUCUUCUCAACCCUUGCCAAUACAAGUGCGUUAUAUUCCUUGCAAGGGAAAUUCGACCGUGACAGAAACGUACCAAAGAAACCAGCCACAAAUAGUGCCGAUGAAUAAUAAUACUAUUUAUAAUGGUAGUUAUCAAUUGCUCAACACUAAUCGCCUGAUAGGUGAGACUCAAACAGCGAUGCAUAAGAGCAAAGACAAAAAUGUACGAAUGGAACGUUUUAUGGGCGCUCCAAUUAUUUCGAAAUCUUCAUCUACUGAUUAUUUCGACUGCGCAUCACCGUUUUUCAUUCAAAUUAAAAAAUACCUUAAUCUUGAACCAGAUGGUUUACCUUCAACAACUCCAGCAAUGAUACCAGUAGUUAUUGAGAAAGCAGCUCUAGGUAUUCUCGAAGAGGGAAAACAAUUGGGAAAAGAACGAAAAGCUAGGAAAAUAGCAUCAAUACUUAGACAAAUGAAAGAUUCAAGAAUGGAAGAAAUAUGGAAAGAAUGCGUUUAUCUCUAUACAUCAACAAAUUUCCUAUACAGAUCAUUGAAUUCAGCUAUGAAGUUAGUGUUAGAAAAAGAUGAAAAAAUAUGGAAAAGCAGCGUAUCAAGAUUAGGCCCAUUUUGUUUAUUAUUAUUGGAUAAUCCAUUUAGGAAAGAAAGGACUAGAAACAAAACAAUGUAUCGAGGUGCUAAUAUGGAUGCUGCACAAAUCACUCAAUAUGAGAAAAUGGCUAAAGAUAAAACUUUAUGUAAAACAUUUCAAGCGUAUACUUCUUGUACACGUAUUCGUAGCAAAGCAAAGGCAUUAGGAAAUACUCUAUUCACAAUGGAAUUGAUAAAUGAUUGUACUAUGGANUUGGAUAAUCCAUUUAGGAAAGAAAGGACUAGAAACAAAACAAUGUAUCGAGGUGCUAAUAUGGAUGCUGCACAAAUCACUCAAUAUGAGAAAAUGGCUAAAGAUAAAACUUUAUGUAAAACAUUUCAAGCGUAUACUUCUUGUACACGUAUUCGUAGCAAAGCAAAGGCAUUAGGAAAUACUCUAUUCACAAUGGAAUUGAUAAAUGAUUGUACUAUGGACUUAAGUCCAUACUCAAAGUAUCCAGAAGAAGAGGAAGAACUUAUUAUGCCUGGCGUUUGUUUUCAGGUUAAAAGUGUUACUUUUGAUCAGAAGAAAAAUAGGCAUCUAAUUACUUUGAAAUUACAACAAAAAGUUCUUACAAAUGACAUAAAAACGAAUCUUCCCAUUGAAAAACCGACAACAGAAACAUCACCCUCUGUUUCUUUGAAAACUACAAUCAAUGGAAAUAUGGUGACAGGACUUUCAGCGAAAAUGUCAACACCACCAGCAGCAGCAGCACCACCACCACCACCAAGUAUUGCAAAGAAGCAUAUAUUCUUGGCCUACGCGGAAGAUGAUGAGUCUGAUGCAGCAAUGGUGGAAAAAGUGAAAAAUUAUUUCAUGCAACGACGGUUCAGAGUUUAUCAUCCAAGAAACAAUGAGGAUGUUAAUACACAAAUUGCAAAUGGUAUUGAAAAAGCCGCUGUGGUUUUAGUUUUUCCCUCGCUUUCAUUCGAAAUGUCAAAAUCUGGAUCAAAACUAUUGAAUUAUGCUGAUCAAAAUAAAACACCAAUUCUAAGUGUUAAGAUUGAUGAAGACUAUCUACCGUUGAAUUGGCUGGGCGCUAUUUUAGCUCCUACGAAGAGUUGUUCGAAUAAUUUUGAUGAAAUUAUGCAAUCUCUGGCUUCACUGAAAAUCAAAACUAGUGAUCUCGUCCUUGAAAGAGGUGAAAAGAAUGAGCCACAAGUGGUAGAAGAGAUUUUAUUUCAGGGUGGAACCGAAUCGGGAAAUCUGAAGGCUAGUUUUUAUCAAUCUGGCAAAGAGUUUCCAAUGAAAUUCAAAUUUUUGGGUUUGAAAAAUGGAAAAGUAGUUGGCCAAGGAAAUGAUAAAGAUGGAGAUUUUACUCUUGCUGGUGAAUACAAGAUUGCCGAUCGUCUUGGUACAAUUGAAAUGCAAAAACAACAUGUUGGAAAACAGCCCGUUAAAUAUCAAGGAAAGGUUUCUUUUCAAGAAUUAAAUUGCAAUAUAGAAGGACAGUGGAAGACACGCGAAGCAUCUGAUAAAUUUUCCAUGAAUCUGACUCUUCCACGACCGUAUACUGGAUCUGGAGAAGUGAUGCCACCACCGAAAAUUUCACGUAAAAAAGGAACGAAAGUUUUGAUCUCUUAUUGCCCAUGUCAAUUUGAGUUUGCUCAAAAAGUGACUAAAGGAUUAAUUGCUAAAGGUAUUCCAGCUGUUUGUCCACCGAUGAAGGUUCACGAAAUGAUCAAAAUAGCAACUCAGAAAGCAAGAGUCGUCGUACCACUAAUGAGUCAAGCAUAUGAAGCAUCAAAUACGGCCAAGUAUGUUCUAUCAUACGUUGAUGAAGCUGGUAUUCCGAUAGUUCCUGUGAAAGUACAACAUCCUUACACACAAAGUGGUUGGCUUGGCGUUAUAUGUGCUGGUGCAUUAUGGACACAAAUGACAGAUGCCAAUGAAUUCGAUAAAAAGCUUGAUGAGUUGAGAGCCCNGCCGCGCUUUAAUGUUCUUCUACAACGUAUUGAACAAGCUCUUGAACAAGAAGAACAUGAAGAUGAAUCUAAAGCUAUCACGCGCUUUGAGGGUGGUGUUGUUCAAGGAAAAUAUUAUGGAAAUGGCCAAGUUUUUGAUUUGAAAUUUGACUUUUUCAGUUUAAUAGACGGAUCAGUUUUAGGUCAAGGUGGUGAAGAUGAAGAUGCUUUUACGCUGGCUGGAAAUUAUGACAAUGAAGGAAAUAUUAGUUUCAAAGAACAAUAUGUUGAAAAACAUCUCAUUGAAUAUAAAGGAAAACUUAUUUGUGAUGAAUUUGGUGGGUUCAAAAUUGAAGGCAUAUGGAAAGCUCAUUAUGGGACAGGUGAAUUUCAUUUGGAGAGUAUUAAUGAUUAUAAUGAUGGCGACGAUGAUGAUGAUGCCAGUAAAAGCAAAUAA